CCAAAUUAACCUAGAAUAUGAGCAAAUGAAUUCAGUUGUGUACUAAAGUUUUUACAAUGGAAUAUUAUGCUAAAUUUCAGGCAGUUUUGUUUAUACUUGGUGUAGUGAGUUGUGAACUGUGUAGUGAAACAGACAUAGAAAAGUUGUUUACAAGUGAUAAUGUGCGGUGCCAAGGGGAGUUCAAUAAUACUUUCAGUGUGACUACUGCAAUCAUAGAUGAUCAGAAUGGCAUAUUAAGUGCAUUAACUCCAGAUGCCAAUCCAAGUUGUAUAGCGUCAAACACGGUGUCUUUGGCCAGUGGUGGAAUUGUAAAAGUCACGGUUUUCUCAGAAUCAGUUGCCUUCGAAGACUUCUUGACAGUAUUAGUGUAUGAAGCAGAGGAAUACAAUGUUGUUGGGCUAGCCACCCUCCCCCAUUCUAACAAUAAAGUCAAUAAUGGAUGGGGCAUUUUAGAAAUUUCUUUAGAAGGAAACCCACAUUACGAUGGAUAUAUCAUGCUCGUAGGGAAAGCGUCAUCGCAAUCGAAAAUCCUGGUCGAAUCCAUCUGUUACUAUCCUGCAGAACAAAAUAAACUACUCCAAGAAGACUCGACACUCGCAUCUCAUAAUGAAGUUCUACAGACCGCAAUUUCAGAUCAAGUUAACAUUAAGUCAGUUACUGAACGAUCAUUUCGUUUUUUUAACGCGGAAGAUUUCUGGACACCCCUAACUAUUUCCCUCGCAGUAAUAAUACCAGUAAUAUUGUUAGCUUUACUAGCUUGGGGUUGCUUCGCUUUAGGGAAAAGGCAGGGGGCUAAACAGGAUCCUCAGGUUUAUGAGGAUAUAGACAAUCUUCCAAAACCAUAUCUAGUUCCAAGAGUAAAGAGCAUGUAUGCAGAAUCGGAAAGCUCUUUUGUCGGUAGAAGUAAUAACAAUAACAACAUAUAUUCUGUUUGAUUGUGACUAGCACUAAGAACAAAUCAAAAAGUGUUUGUUUCACGAAUAAGACGCAGUAACUUUUUUUUUACUUUUGUAUCUGUCAGUACCUUACAAUAAAAGUAUUUGUCAAAACAAUAAACGUGUAUAUAUCAUUCAUAAACAAAAUAUUGCUCAUACCUUACUUAACAGUUACCAA